UCCUACGUACUCGUACUAGUAUAUAAUCGCCCAACAUACCACUCUUUCGGAUCAUCAUUCAAGCAACAACAGUUGGUUAAAACGAACCCUUCCUAAUUUCUGUACUCUUAAUUCGAGUCUGAAAAAGUACGUACACGGGUCAGUAUAAAUAUAAUGGUGUGUUUUUGCUUUUUGGUGGAUCAGAAGAGGAUGAUGAGGCAGAGUAAGCCAGUAGCUGGUUCGUGUUCGCGUUGCGGCCAUGGUGCUCAAGUUGCUGAUAUGCGCACUGCUACCAGAUUUUGCUACGUCCCCUUUUACUGGAAGUCUUGGAAAGCUAUUAUCUGUUGUUUCUGUGGUGCCGUUCUUAAGUCUUACCGAUAAAAUCAUCCGUUUCUCUAUCUUUUUAACCGUACUAGUAUAUGUAAUUAAGUUAUGUAUUUUGUGAGUUUUCCUUAACUGAUCGUGAGUGAAUUAGCAAAUAAAAGUAGAAAGAUAUAAUGAAUAUAUAUAUAUAUAUCGUGGUGUAAUCCAGUAUUGCUUGAUCAUGGAGUUAGCUAGCUAUAAAGACAAAAUUCCUAACUUCA